GGUGAUCAAUCUGGCCCAUCUAAGAGAUCGCCGGAGCAGCCCACUACCCCUAGGGUUCUCUUCUCUCUCGGUGCCAUAAGAGCCGAGGUCUUCUGCCACCACCCCACGAACGCCGCCGCCGCCGCCUCGCUCUCAUCCUCGCCGCAGGCUUCGCAAGAUGGCGGUGCCGCUGCUGACGAGGAAGAUCGUGAAGAAGCGGGUCAAGCAGUUCAAGAGGCCCCACACCGACCGCUACAAGUGCCUCAAGCCAAGCUGGCGAAGGCCAAAGGGUAUCGAUUCCCGUGUCAGGCGGAAGUUCAAGGGAUGCACCUUGAUGCCCAACAUUGGAUAUGGCUCUGACAAGAAAACCAGGCACUACCUCCCCAACAAGUUCAAGAAGUUUGUUGUCCACAAUGUCUCUGAGCUGGAGCUGCUUAUGAUGCACAACAGGACAUACUGUGCUGAGAUUGCUCACAAUGUCUCCACCCGCAAGCGCAAGGAGAUUGUCGAGCGUGCCGCUCAACUCGACAUUGUGGUCACAAACAAGCUUGCCAGGCUCCGCAGCCAGGAGGACGAGUGAAAUGCUCCGUACUUUUGGUUGCAUAUCAUUCGUAGGAAAAUGCCCUGCUUGGAGAUACUUUCCCACCAUUGUAUGCUUAUGCUAGACUUGUUCUGUGGACAUCAUUUUGCUUGGGUGAAUGAGUGAUGGCAACUACCAUCUAGUUUUGACCGGACAUCAUGGGUUGUGCAUCGAUGGCCAUAGGUCUUUCAGCUUGU